AUGGAGGAUCUACAAAUUGAGGACUAUCUGAAUCGUUUAUCCGAUUCUGAUGAUGAUGGUUUUACCAGUCAGCAAAGAGAUGAGGACUUGAGUGAUGUCGAAGAUCACGUGGAAUUACAGGAAACGAUCCCGACAGAUUCCGACAGUGAUGACGACGACCAACCAAUUGGAAUACGGCAAAUGCAGCGCCGAAGCGGUAUCAUUUUAUCUUCCGAUUCAGAGAAUGAAGAAACAUCAGGUACAUCUUUCCAUUCUACACCUUCACGACGUAUAAUUAUUCCAUCAACUCAUAAUCUUAGAGGAAAAAAUGGUCACAAAUGGUCCUCAAAACCUUUUGAAUCUUUGAAUACUAGAACUCCAGCUAGAAAUAUCGUGCAUAUAAUUCAAGGAACAGCUAAUAACGCAAAGGACAUUAUAGAGCCAGUUGAUUGCUUUUCUAUUUUUAUAACAGCUGAUUUAAUUCGUAAAAUACUUACACAUACUAAUGAAGAAAUAGAGUUGAGAAGUUCGAAAUAUAAAGAGAGUAUUGCUACUAUUUCUCUGACAUGCGAAGAAGAACUCACUGCUUUGCUUGGAUUGCUUUUACUAUCAGCUGCAAAAAAAGAUAAUCAUCUCACGAGCUUAGAACUGUUUGAUCCUACAUUUAGUGGAUCUCGCUAUAUAUCAGUGAUGUCGCGUGAGAGAUUUGACUUUUUGCUAAACUGCUUGCGGUUUGAUGAUAAAUCAACCAGAAAUGAACGCAAAGCUCAAGAUAAAUUCGCGCCUAUUAGAGACUUGUGGGAAGUGUUUAUUCAGAUAUGCAGGGAUAGCUAUAAAGCAGGAAGUUAUAUUACGAUAGACGAGCAACUAUUGGGUUUCAGAGGGCGUUGUCCAUUUAGGAUGUAUAUUCCAGAUGUAUAUUCCAAUUCCAUCAAAACCUAA